UGACUUGAUUGAAUGGAAAAACAUUGCAGUAAUUGAUAUUCAUGAUAUUAUGGUCGUUCUAUCUCCUACUCAUGUCAGUCCCAUUCCACUAGUGACUAUAUAACCAUUUUGUUUUUUCAUUUUCUCUCUCAAGUCAACAUUUGCUAACCAACCAUGGAAACCUCACAACCUCCUGCCAUUGAAAGCUUUUCAUAUAGGUGGUUGAUAAACAGAAAAACUUCAUUUGAUGGCGUAGAUAAACUCCUCAGAACAUCUGCCAACUGCUACACUGAAGCCACCUCCGAAGAAGCUAAAUUUAAGAUGACAACAUCAAAUACAUACAUCGAAGAAGACCAAAAUUUCUACUUUGACAUUCCCAUCUGUGAGCCUCCUGCAGCUUUGGUCCAUGCCGACGAAAUUUUCUCUAAUGGACACAUCAUGCCCUCAAAUAUCAAAUCCUUCAGUCCAUCAAAUUCAGUUCCUACCACACCUUUAUCUUCACUUCCUUCGAAACCUGUUACUCAAUCCAAUAUGAUCAUCCGUUAUCAUUCCCUCAAAAAGUGGCGAAAAUCAUCAACGUUAAUAUUGCAGAAGUAUUUUGGAUUUCUCAAGCCUUUGUGGAGGAAGCUAGGAUCAAGGAAGUGUAUUAGAGUUGAUGACAUUGAUAGGAAAGAGUGGGAAGUGAAGAGCUGGAGCAGUACACCACAACCAUCUCCACGUCGACUGAGUACAUCAUAUUCUGCUAGUGAUUUAUGCAAUAUGGAGAGCAAAAAGUGUGGCAUUAGCAAUACUGCGAGGGUGUUGAUGGAAGUUCAGAGCUGGAGUAAUUCACCACAAGCAUCUCCACAACAAGGUCCGUCUUGUUCUACAGGUGAUUGGUGUGAUAUCGAGAGCUCAAUUUACGAGGCAAUUCUCCACUGCAAAAGAUCAAUUGAAAAACGAGAGGAUGCAUCAGAAGAGAUCAAGAUGAUGUGAGCCAGAACCAUUUCUAUGUCCUUUUGUUCUUUUUCUUUUCACAGUUUUAUAUGUAAAUUUUUGUCUUUUAAAACAAAGAUAAGCUACAAAAAUCUGAGCUGUGGAGAUUCUGAUAUUAAAAUAUAAAUUUGAUUAUACUUGUCUUAUCUUUUGUAAAGAGAA